AUGAUGACGUGCCGUCUGCUGUGCGCCCUGUUGGUGCUCGCCCUGUGCUGCCGCCUAUCUUUGUGCGUGACAGCAGAUGUUGAUGAUAAAGCUAAUAAUUCUGGAGGACAUUCCGAUCCAGAUGAAAGUGGUAAGCCCCGCACGUUGCACCCAACAGUUAACGGGCCGGCUAAUCCUGGUCCAAAAGGUAUGGCCGUUACGUUAUCGGGAUCGAAAGAGACGGCCGCUCCGCCAGAGAGUCCAAAUCCGGAUGACGUUGCGCAAGUGAGUUCAGGGCCAACGAGAGAAAGUGCUACGUCCGGUACGAAAGAGUUCACAGAUCCGGAAGCCGGCAGGACACAGGAAACAGAUGCAGUGACCGGAGCCGGAGUGUUACAAAUACAGCCCGAAGACGCAGAGUCACCGGAUUCGAGGACCGUUACAGCGCCAAGUACGGCCACUACGGGAAUGUCACCAACUCCUCCAAACGAACUGGAAAAAAAUUCAGCAAAAAGGAUCACUGCGCCAGCUACGACCACCACGACUACAACGACCACCACUACAACACAGGCACCAAGUACUACCACGACUACAGAGGCGCCAACUACGACGACCACCCGCGCACCGUCACGUCUUCGCGAAAUCGACGGCAGCCUCAGCAGCUCUGCGUGGGUGUGUGCCCCGCUGCUGCUCGUCGUAUCCGCGCUGGCGUACAGCACUCUGGGCUAA